GGCCUAGUCCUCUUCCCAUUUGCUUUCUCCAAUGCAGUUGUCUUCUUCACCUCCAACAUCGCUGUCUAUCUUAUUGUACGUUUUAUGAAUUAGCUCUGUGGUCCUUCGAGUCCUAGCUAAACCUCUUUAUAUCUCUCUUAUCAUUGUCGCCCCCUUCCCAUUGAUUAUCAUAUAUAUCUAUCACUCCAUCUUACAAUUUUCUAAGACAAACUACCACUGCUACUCCUACUCCUUCUGCUUCUUCUAUAGCUCUUUCUUCCUCGUCCUCUUCUAUCUCAGAAAUUGCUUCUCCCCCACUUUCUGCUUUUAGCUAGGUUUUUCUCCUCCUCCACUACUACUACCACUACUAUAUAAGAUACUCUAGCAAGCUCAUAAGCUUUGACAAAAGCAAGAUUGGUAUAUAAAACUAGGUGGCUAUCUAGCUACUGAGCUAAUACAUACAGCAGGAAUAGAUAUUCCGAUCGGUCAUGUCUAGCAGAAGGUCAAGGCAGUCAUCGGGGAGUCCAUCGAUCAAAGAUGACCAGAUCAUCGAGCUCGUCUCCAAGUUGCGCCAGCUCGUUCCUGAGAUUCGCGACAGGCGCUCCGAUAAGGUAUCAGCAUCGAAGGUCCUACAAGAGACCUGCAGCUACAUCAGAAACUUACACAGAGAGGUUGACGACUUGAGCGAGAGACUUUCCCAACUGCUCGCUACAAUUGAUGCUGAUAGCGCCGAGGCCGCCAUUAUUAGGAGCUUGAUUAUGCAGUAGACUUAUGUUAGUUAAUUUAUAUAUAUCUAUAUAGUCGCACUACAUCUUAAUUACUUUCUAGGUUUUGGUCACCAUGAUUAUCAAACAAAGGGUUAAGAGAACGUCUACUACGUACUCAUCUACCCCCUUAGACAAAGGGCUCGUGUAAUGGAUCAUGUUUGUUUGAUUAAUAAAAAGGACUUGCACUAGCAAGCAAAUCCUAGCUAUUAGCUAUUAUAUAGA